AUGAACCUCUUCCGGGCACCAGCCGCUCGUGCGGCAAAGACACUCGAUAGGUCCCUCUUUGCAAAAACUCUCAACGCUGCGGCGGCUUCUAUCAAGGAGAAUAGGCUGCUGUCCAAGUAUAGAAAGGAGCUUGAGAAGACAAAGGAGGUUUUAUUCAUGGAGAGAUUUAAUCCCGUCUUGCCUGAUCCAGACCCGUCGCUUGCUUCUCAGGGCAAAAAAUGUAUCGUGUUGGCGCCUCAGAUUAAGCCUACGUCCCCAGACACAUGGAGUCCCAUCCUCAAAGAAGCCUCGAAGGCCGGUGACAUCAAGGUGGUGCCGUACGAUAUUGAAAUUGGAUAUGACUCUUGGUCUUAUCUUGAUGUUAUGAAAUCCAUUCUUCCAGAGGAACUUCACGAGGAAAUCCCAAGCGGUUUCAACACCGUGGGACACGUCGCCCAUCUCAACAUCCGUGAUCAGUACCUACCUUACAAGAACAUCAUCGCCCAAGUGCUUCUAGACAAGAACCCUCACAUCAAAACCGUCAUCAACAAGAUCGAUAAUGUCGGUUCAGAGAACGAGUUCAGGACCUUUGCCUACGAAGUCCUUGGCGGUCCUGAUGAUAUGAACGUGGAGGUGAGCGAGGCCGGCUGCGUUUUCAAGUUCGACUACUCCAAGGUAUACUGGAACAGCAAGCUCGACACAGAACACAAACGGAUUGCAGGACUUUUCGGGCCUGGAGAGGUUGUUGCAGAUGUCAUGGCUGGUAUUGGACCCUUUGCGGUGCCAGCUGGCAAGAAGGGCGUCUUUGUCUGGGCCAACGACAAGAACCCAGAGAGCUACCGCUACCUCGAGGAAGCGAUCCGCAGGAAUAAGGUCUCGGAGUUCGUCAAGCCCUUCAACUACGAUGGCCACGACUUCAUCCGCACAUCCGCAGACCUUGUCCUUGAGGCAUCAAAGCGCGGCGACUGUGCCGUCAUCAAGCCUCCAAGGCAACCAAGAAACUCUACGGCUCCGCCCCCGGAGCCUGUCCGAGUGCCCGUGCCACCAACGAUCUCACAUUUUGUCAUGAACCUCCCGGCAUCCGCAAUUGAGUUCACGCACAAUUACCGCGGUCUGUACCACGGCCACGAGGAGCUGUUUGAGCCUCACACCGAGACCAAGCUGCCCAUGGUGCACGUGCACUGCUUCUCGGUCAAGGCUGAUGACGAGACACCCCUCAUGGACAUCUGCGAGCGGAUACGUAAAGAGAUUGGCGUCUUACUCAGACCGGGCGAUCCCGAGAACCAAGGUGAGGUGCUCAUCUACGAUGUGCGAGAUGUUGCUCCAGCAAAGAGAAUGUUUUGCGCUUCAUUCCGUCUACCACGUGAGGUUGCCUUUGCCGAGAGGCCUUAG